UAUAACUGCCGUAUGGUAGAGAUACCACUCCUAGUCCAUACCACUAAGUGGUCAACUGUAGUCAACAAAAAAGAAAAAGUAUCUACCAAACCAACCCAAAAUCAAUCAUGUCCAUCUCAGCCUCAACUCACAGCCUUAUCUCCUUGGUCCUCCUUGUCGCCGCCGUCUCCACCGUCUGCGCUACCGACCACAUCGUUGGAGCCAACCGCGGUUGGAACCCCGGUAUCAACUACACACUCUGGGCCAACAAUCACACCUUCUAUGUCGGCGACCUCAUCUCAUUUAGGUACCAGAAGUUUCAGUAUAAUGUGUUCGAGGUGAACCAAACAGGCUACGACAACUGCACAAUCGAAGGUGCUGUGGGUAAUUGGAGCAGUGGAAAAGACUUUAUUCUCCUCGACAAGGCGCAGCGCUACUACUUCAUCUGCGGCACGGGCGGGUGCUAUAGCGGGAUGAAGGUUUCCGUUCUCGUUCAUCCUCUUCCGCCGCCGCCUUCCGCCUCCGUUGCGGCGGAGAACAACUCAUCGAGUUCCGCUGAUCCGGCCGUGGUUUUAAGCGGUGGGGCGCCGUUGGUUGCUAGGGUUCUGAUGGUUGUGUUGGCAUCGAUCUGGAUCGGAUCUAGCUGCUAAGAUCUGUCGAUCUAGUUGUGCUCUGUUUUCAUUUGUAGUUCUCCGAGCAUCAGUCAAGUGUGCUACUUGGUGGAUAACAUCAAUUUUUCAAAUUUUUUUUUUUUCUUCGGUCAGAUCUUUUAUUCAAAUUUAAUUUGGUGUUUUUUUAUUUGUUAAGAGCAAUGGAGUGGCUAAGCAUUGUUGUCCCUGUUUAAAUUACAAACAUGCUUGCUUUUUUAA